GCUCGCCCGCCAGAACGCGGCGGCGGAGGGGUGACGUUGCGCUCUUGGGCCGAAUCAAGUCAGUCAGCGGCGCAACCGCCGCCUCUCUCGCUCCUCCGGCUCGGCUCGGCGGCGGCGGCGGGAGACCCGAAGGGCUUUCGGCUUCUCCUCGGAGGGUGAGCGAUGCGCUCGGCGUGAGGCGAGUUUCUGCUCCUGUCGCGGCCCCCGCUGCUCCAGCCAUGGCUUCGCCGAGCUGGCAAGAGGCUGUGGCCCAGCAGGCCGAGGAGGUGUCGGCCCGGCUUCGGGAUGCGCUGUCGGCCGGCGUGGGCCUGCUCCGCACCGAGCUGGGCCUGGAGCUGCCGCCGGGCCUGGAGCCGCAGCGCCUGCCCACCUGGCUGGUGCUGCUCUCCACGUCCGUCCUGGCGCUGCUGCUCCUGCUGGCGCUCCUGUGGGCCGCGGCCUGCGCCCGGGCGGGGGAUGCUCGAAGGAAGAACCGCCUCAGGAGAACCGACGAAGAGGACGAGGAAGAAGUGGCGGCGACGCGGGGCCUGACAGCAGCAACAGCAGGAGGAGGCCCUCCUCACAAGGGGGUCCCUGGGACGAUGCUCCUGCUGAAGGGAGACGAGCAGAAGAGGAGGAAUAAAAAGAGGCCGCUGGAGAAAACGGGCAGGCUUAAUGGUCAACCUGCUCAUGAAGUGUCUGAAGAGGAAGUAAUACAGACAGUUCGAAGAGACAACCUUAAACAGCAGUCAGAGGCAGAAAAGAAAGCUGAAAAGUCAAAGAAGAAUAAGAAGAAACCAAAGGGAGAUGCUAAAACAGUUCAGGACCAGUCACGUGUUGAUAGAAAGGAAGUUGAUGAAGGCGCUUGGGAAACAAAAAUCAGUAACAGAGAGAAACGGCAGCAGCGUAAACGUGACAAGGUACUGACCGAUUCUGGGCCAGAAUCAAAUCUACCAGCUAUGGAAAAUUCAGUUACAAUCUCCACUGAACAGCUAACAUCUGCAACAUCCCUUUCAGUUGGUACCAGAAAAAGCAAAGGUGAUCCUGUUCUGAAUGCUCAAGUUAGUAAUCCUAAAUCUGGAAAAGGAGAAAUUACACUUCAGCAAGCUCCUUCAGGACUGAGUGAAGGCCCCACAGUAAAUGGAGGCAACUGGAACGAAAAGCCUGUAAAGCUUUCUCCUCAGAUUGGUGCAAGUGAGGAGAAGUGGAGUUCAGUAUCACCUUCCGGUAGCAAAAGGAAGAAUGAGACAUCAGCUUGGGGAAAAGAUGCUGGAGAUCAUGGAAAUGGGAAGGACUGGGGAGUUUCCCUGGUGGGCAGAACCUGGGGUGAGCGCACUUUGUUCCCUGGUAUUGCCUGGUCUGGAGUGGAUGGAAGGAUUAAUCCUCCUGAACAGAGUUCUACUUCAUUCACUUCAUUGGGGCUAAAUCCUCCAGUUUCUGGAGCCAGCAGUGAAUCUGUUCCUCAACCUACUACUACAGACUUCCAAUGGGAUUUAAAUCGUAAUCAGGCGCAUAUUGAUGAUGAAUGGUCUGGGUUAAACGGCCUAUCUUCUGCUGAUCCCAGUUCUGACUGGAAUGCCCCUGCAGAGGAAUGGGGAAACUGGAUAGAAGAAGAAAUGACUCAUUGCAUUCCACAGCUUGAGGAAGCACUAUCUGAGGCACAAAAGGCUUCAGAUGAUGAGAAAGAAAAGGCAGAACCAGCUCUGCAAAGUACUGCAAGUGGUAAAGCAAAGAAGAAGAAAAAGAAAAAGAAGAAGCAGGGAGAAGAGGCUAGCUCUCCUGUACAGGAUGCUGAUGACCUGGAAAGACAUGCUGGAGAAGAAUUUCCAGAAGAUACCUCAAAAGUUCAUCAAGAGGAGAUAGCUUUCUCUUUAAAGACCAUCAGCACUAGUGAACAAGCUGAGCCUGAGGAGAUGCCCUCAUUUGCUGUUUCUACUGAGCCAUCUGUAACUGUAUCAGAGAGUGAAUCUGACAAGAUAACUUCCCAAGUGCCACAGAUGCUACCGGAGACAGAAGUUCCUAUUUCUAAUGUUAAGCAAAACAGUGUGCCUCCGCCACAGACCAAGUCUGAAGAGAGCUGGGAGUCUCCCAAACAAAUUAAAAAGAAGAAAAAGGCCAGAAGGGAAACGUGAAUUUUCUGAGAUGGACGUGUGUUGCAGAAACACUUGUCGUGAAGAUUAUGCUGUUUAUGCAAUAAUUUGUGAACCUGUACAGAAUUUUAUAUAAAUUUCAACAGAUUUUUUUAAAAACAAACUGCUUUGAACACAACCAUCUUUAAGAACAGGAACAGAAGGAAAAUAAGUUGGUGACAUAAUUUAACAGGAAAUAUGACAAUACUGGAAGACACAUUGAAGAGUCUGUUUCAACAUAUGGGGAAAGUAAUUAUAAAAAACAACUUGUCUUUACAACAGUGCCCUGUUUACAACAGAUUAUCUCUAUUUUACGUCCAUUGGAGAAAAAGGAUUGGUCUUAAAAUUUCCUAAAUCAUCUGUAAAACAGUGUCACUCUGAGUAGUGUCCAUUCUGAAUUUCUUAAUGCCUAAAUCAAAGAACUCUGGUUAAAUCUGCCAUAUCUUUCUAAUACUUAAUGGAAUGUGCUAAUUAUAAAGUUAAUUAUAAGUACAGAGAGCCUGGAGUCAUAAAUGCUUGCUCUUGAAUAGUCCCCCUGACUUAAAGGAAAUAUUUCAAAAUAAGUGGAAAAAUUAUGACUAGAACCAUUCAGUAAAGUCAUUUCUGUAGCAUAAGAAAUGUGGUUAAGAAUGCAAAACUUGCAGAAACUUACGAAUUAAGAAACUGAGAAAAUUGGUUAAAACUUGAGCAUGGUUCAUGAAGUUGCUUCUGAUUAGUCUUCUACUUGAAUUACUCAAAUAAUAUAUUUUUAAGAAGGGGCUGUAUGCUCCAAAUCAGUCGUGUUUUAUUCCUUUUUAAGGUAAUAGGUUAGUUGUUGCCCUUAAAAUUUUAUUCACAUUAAUUUUGAAGUUGUAUUUCAUGUCUCUUCCAUGUCCCGUUUUUAUUUUUAUUAAAUGUAAUUUUAAAGAAAACUUCCAUAAACUCUUCAGAGAUGUGGUUGAGAAUGAAAGAGGGAAAUAAUGGCUUCAGACAGCUUUAAUUGAUCUUGAGACCACCUGUAUCAGGAAGUGCUUUUUUACUGCCUUAACCUAUGUAGAAUCUGCAUCUAGAGUUCUUAAAUGGGAUUAGUGUGUUUUGUAUUUUUUUAAAAAAUCAUGCAAAUAUAGCAAUUGUAAAACCAACUUUCCUCUUGGAAUUAUUGAUUAAAAUGGGAGUUGAGCUGCAUCAUUUCAGGCACUGUGUAAUUACAUCACAUCCAGCAGGCAGGUAUCUAUCUAUGAAUAGUGCAUGCUCAGCCAUGUACACUGUAUAUAGCCUUUACAAAAUGUUUGUGUGUGUUUUAAAGGACCAUAAUUAACAUAACUUGGUGAGCAUCUAUUAAAGAAAAGCAAUGAUUAUUUGAUGUGAUUGGCUUAGGUUUUUCAUGUGGCAGAGAAAUUGUAACAGCUGUAACCGAUGGUACUUACUGACUCUCCCAUAAUGUUUCAUUGUCUAAAUCAGAAAAUUUGGUAAAAAUUUAACUUGCAAUGCAAGAACAAUUAAAGCAACAAACUGGAUUUAGUUGUAUUGAAGACAAGCCUUAUUAAUUGAUAGUGUUCCUAAUAAACGAAUACUAAUGUCCACAGGUAUUAAUUCCUGUUACAGGAACAUGGCAGAUGUUUACAUGUUCAGAUGUUUUGUUUAAUUCAGUGACAUUUCUAAAUCAAUUUUGUUAAAAUAAAUUGAGCAAAGUGAUAA